CACAGAGCCACAGCAACGGGCAUGGAGAAGGCGCCAGCUUCAGACGGGAUGCGACGAGUCUCAGUCGACACGCGCGAGGGCUACAACGCAUGGGCAGCGACGUACGAUGCGACGCCCAACUUUGUCGUUGCCAUGGACAGUGGUGUCUUUGUGCCGCUCGUCACCGCGGCCGUGGCCGAUGCUGUAGCCGAGGCGGCGGCUGCGGCUGCGGUCCAGGCGGCUGCGGCGUCGACAUCUGGCAAGGUGCCGCAAGCGAUCUCCGUCCUGGACGCAGGCUGCGGGACUGGGCGAGUCACGGCGGCCAUUGUCGACGCUGCGGUCGAAGCGAUGGAGGCGACGGGCGCGGGUAGCGGCGACGACGGCGGCAUUCAUGUCGACGUUGUCGGCAUCGACUUUGCACCUGGCAUGCUUGCUGUCGCUCGCGAGCGGCUCGGCAGCCGCGAUGGUCACGGCAGAGUCUGCUGGCAGCUGGGUGAGGGUGAUCUCAACGUCAGCGCCGAGACAAGCAGCUGGGCGCCGGAGGGUGGGUGCGCUGUUGUUGUAUGCGCCCUUGUCGGCGAGCACAUCACCGAUCUGGCGGCUACGGUGGCUGCGCUGGCCGGCGCAACAGCGCCCGGCGGGCGGCUGCUGCUCUCGGCGUACCACCCGUAUAUGGCGUACCGGGGAGCCGAGGCCAACUUUCGCACCGUCGACACCGCAUCGGGCGAGGAGAUCGAGUUCCGCCUCGGCGCUGCUCUCCACGGCGUCGCCGACUAUGUCAACGCCGUGCUCGACGCAGGCCUCAUUCUUGAUUGCUUGACCGAGAUCCCGUUUGCUGUCUCGGGCCUCGACCUCGCCGCAUAUCCCGCCGCCGCCAAGUAUGCUCCGGCGCCGAGUCUGCUCAUUGCGGUGGCGACGACGACGAUGGCGGCGAGCGCGGCUGGGGCGCCACACAGGCGCGGGGGCAAGCGGCUGGCGGCGGCGCCGCAGGCUAUGGCACCGAUUCCGCUGCUGACGCUCGUCUUUCUGACGGCGAUGGGCAUGACGGCGACGACGGUGUGCUACGUGGCCAACGCGGCCAUCGCCUACAUCCAGCAGGCGCGGGCGGCGGUGUCGGGUGGGCUCCCGGCGGCGCUCUCACUGGUGGCGUAUGUGGGCAUCUCGGUUGCUGCCGGCCUUGUUGCCGCCGCGCUGGUCAAGUACAUUGCGCCUGCCGCCGCUGGUUCGGGUAUUCCCGAGAUGAAGAGCCACCUGGCGGGCGUGGUCCACGCGGGCUUCCUCUCCGGGCGCACACUCGGCACCAAGUUUGUUGGCCUUGUGGCCGCGCAAGCGGCUGGGCUCUCGAUCGGCAAGGAAGGCCCGUUUGUGCAUCUUGCCGCUGCCACGGCCGCUGUCCUUUUCACCAUUCCGCUCUUUGCGCCACUCUACGCCGCCGGCCCACUGCGGAUCCAGCUGCUUGCGGCUGCGGUGGCGGUUGGGGUCACUGCCACCUUUGGCGCACCCAUUGGCGCGGUCCUCUUCUCGGUCGAAGUCACCGCCACAUACUACUUUGUCGACAACCUACCCAAGGCGUACUACGCCGCCGUCGUCGGCCUCUUCUUUGUCCGCGCCCUCGCCGAAAUCCCCAUCAUCGACGUGUACAAGAACCUCGCACUCUUCUCGACCGACAUCACCCAGCUCCCGUACUCGUUCCCAGAGUUUGUGGCGUACGCCGGCCUCGGCCUUGCUGCCGGCCUGAUGGGCGCUGGCUUGUUUUUGUUGUCUCGCGGCUCAUCUAUCUGCGGGCCCGCGUUCCUGCGCUCGGCGCAAAUCACCUGGUUCCUCAACCGCCUGCUGCAUGAGGACGAGAAGACCAACAUCGAGCGGCUUGUCUCGCACGAGGAGAUCGAGUCACUCAAUCACAUCCUGUUCGACCUCGGUAUCUACGUGCCCAUCAAGUUUGUGCUCACCACUGCUGCUGUCGUCCUCCCGAUUCCCUCGGGCGUUUUCUCGCCAGUCUUUGCCUAUGGCGCUGCCUUUGGCCGGUUUGUCGGCGAAAUCAUGUCGCACCUCUUCCCGACCCUCAACGUUGCUGCUGGCGGGUACGCCAUUGUCGGCGCCGCGGCAAUGACCGCAGGUGUCACCCGGACCAUCUCCACCGCCAUCAUUGCUGUCGAGCUGACAGGCCAGACCCAUCACCUUGUCCCGUCGUUCCUCGCCGUCCUCAUUGCUUACUCGGUCGGCAACCUGCUCACACUCCCGUUCUAUGAGGUGCUGCUCUCCAUCAAGAACAUCCCAUUCCUACCCAAAGUCAAGCCUGAGCAGUACUACGCACCGGCGUCGUCGCUGAUGCGGACUGAGCUCAUUACGCUCACCCUCAACUCGACGUACGGCGACGUUCUUGACGCACUCCACGGUCACGACUACAUGGGUCUACCCUGGGUCGACUCCACAGACAACGAUGUGUUUCUUGGUGUGGUGGCGCGCGCUUCACUUGAGGACGAGCUCUACGCCUUUGCCACUUCGCUCCGCUCUGCCGGCCACUCGGCGGCCGACCUCGGCCCCAUUGCCCGACACCCACCCACUCGCGGCCUUGUCCAGCCGGCUGCCGAUUGCUCACUUGGCGAUUCCUAUGAUGAUGAUGAUGACGACGACGACAGUAGCGGGACUGCACUGCCGACGCUCGCGGCGGAUCGCCGCAUGCGCGCCUCCACCACUGCGUCGGUCGAGCUGGCGUCUGGCGGUUGGGGCGGUAUGUGGACGCCGGCACCGGUUGUUGGCGCCGAUGCUGUGGCGGGUGAGGAUGAUGUUGCGUACCUGAGCGUGGUCGAUGACGGUGGUGACCCCGAAGCCGGCUUGCUGGCAUCACCACCUUUGCGGCGACGAGCGGCAAGCGUCAGCACGCUCGGCUCGGGAUGGACUCGGUCGCUGGCGGAUGUCGAGGGCCCGAUCCCGCUCUCUGCGCCGCGGACCGCUGCACUCGACGCGCUCGUCAACCGCUCUGUCCGUGAUAUUCUCGACGCUACACCGUUUCCAUUUGCCGCACCAGAGGUGGUCGUCGACGACGCGCCGUUUACGCUUGCGCCGUCGACAACGCUCCAACGAGUCGACUUUUUGUUCAAGAUGGCCGGCGUUUCACACAUGUGGAUCUGCUUCCGCGGGCGACUCCAGGGCGUGAUCACCAAGAAGGACUUUAUCUUCUUCACCACCAAGCGCGAGUAG